CUCUUUUUUGAAGGUUAUUGAGGUGUUUUUGCGGAGAUCUGAGCGUCUGAGCACCCCCUAAGGCCAUCUGCAGCUGACCACAGCCACCCGACAGGCGCAUCUCUCUCCAUCCCUCCCUCUCUACGCGUGGGCACCUCGCGAAGGCAUCUGUUUUGUGUGUGGUGAUGUCGGGCAAAGGCAAGGGCGGCCGCGGCAAGACCGCCGAGAAGACCAAGAAGGUCAGCACGGCAGAUGGAUGGAUGGAUGGAUGGACAUCAUUUGUGUGAUGUGUGGUGUGGUGUGGUGUGGUGUGUUGGCGCCCUUCCUUGGUUGGUUCGUUCUGCAGGUGAGUCAGUCGGUGCGUGCGGGUCUGCAGUUCCCCGUGGCGCGCAUCGCCCGCUACCUCAAGAAGGGCCGCUACGCCAAGCAGCUCGGCAGCGGCGCCCCCGUGUACAUGGCCGCCGUGCUGGAGUAUCUGUGUGCUGAGGUGUUGGAGCUGGCCGGCAAUGCCGCCCGCGACCACAAGAAGGUCAGAGAGGGAGAUGGGAGGGAGGGAGGGUGGGAGGGAGGGAGGGAUAUGGGGAUGGCGGAGGGGUGUGAGGUGUGGUGUGGUGUGUACGACAGACUCGCAUCACGCCCCGCCACCUGCAGCUGGCGAUCCGCAACGACGAGGAGCUCAGCAAGAUGCUGGGCGACGUGACCAUCUCCCAGGGCGGCGUCAUGCCCCACAUUCACGACGUCCUGCUGCCCAAGAAGUAGGGACACACCACACCACACACAGGGAGAUUCAUGGGCUGAGGAGACGCACACAAACCGGGGGGUGCCUUCUGCUGUGGUGCGGUGUGUGUGUGUGUGUGUGUAUGCAGGUCUAAGGCCAAGGCUAAGAAGGAGGCAGAGGCCGCCAACAACGAGGAAUGAACCGACACACACCACACCACACCACAUAAUACGACACGAUACAACACGUCAUGACGGGCGGACCCACCUACCGAGACACACACAUCGAAACAUCUAUACCCACACCCAUCCACACGCACACACACGGAAACACACACACACAGAUGGGGCGUAGCGGCGAUUU